AUGCAUACAAUAGUGUUGAUGCUGAGUGCUCAUUUCCACAUCACGCGGCCGGCAAGAAGCGGUGGACAACUAGGCCCGGAGCUGGACCACGGAGCUGUACCUUGGGAUUGGGAAAGGCGGCCGUAUCUUGUUCGCUCUAAAGGCCCUUGCUCCCCUGCUAGACAGCAUUUCCAGACUGUUGGUAACAGAUUCUGGACCCCUAAGGCCGCACAGAUGGCUGUAUUGGGCUUGAGUCGCUGGUGUUCUUGGGUCAGGUCGAUGAUAGAUCCACGUGGGUUGAGCGUGGAGCCGCCUUGCCCGUUGCUUGAUUGA